UUUUUUCUGUCUUUACUAUUUUGGUCUCUCUCUCUCAUCAACAUAGUUUCAGACAAAAGAAAAUAUGUCAGGAGUAGGAGUAGCAUGCAAAAGAGUAAGCUUUAGUCCUGACCAAGAAGCCACAGAGGAACCCAUGUUUCAAAAACAUCACGACCGGAGAAAGGUGGUUCUCAUUGGAUUUCUCAGUUUCGGUCUCAAGACCUCGCCGGCUGGAAGAAAGUUCAUCCGACGUAUCCGAGCUAGAGUUGCCAAAACGCUGCGUUCUAUGUCCUUCAGGAGGAAUACGACCGAGAAAACGUCAUCGUUGUUGCUGUCUUCCACUUCCUCUUCUUCUUCAUCGUCUAUUUAUAUGAAAAGGUCCAAGUCUCUGGCUGAAUCGGAGUCUCAUCGAGCAGAAGAUAUUGAAGACUGCAUUGAGUUCUUGAACUCUUCUUUUUCACUGUCCAGAUCAAACUCUGUCUCAACAUGGUCUUCUUGAUUUGACCGGUUAGGACAAGCAUCAAAUGGAACUCCUACUCUCUUUUUCUUGUGGUGAAAUGUUAAAAGAUUUGAGAAUUGUGAAUUAAGCAUUGUAUAGGAGUGUUUUACAUUACUUUUCAGUUCAUAAAGAAAAUUUUACGAGUU